CUGUGAAACGAACAUAAGCGCCUACAGGAAGACGGGGACAUUAAAAAAAAUGACACAGUGAGAGGGGAAAAUAUUUGGCUAAUAACCCCGAUUAAAGCCAAGGAGAAUCUUUAAGAAGGACGAUUUCGAUGAAUACGCGCUUUAAGCGACCCGGGGUAGAGCGAUCAGUUUGCAUUAGCCAGCAAACCGAGCGGAAAUCGGGUUUGGUUAACGGGGCGACAACAAGAGCUCUCGGGCCAAUGGAGAGGCCUUUGAAACUGUUUUCGACGGGAGGAUGAGGAAAAAUGACCCGCUAACCUGAAAUCGGAAACCGCCUUUGUGUACAUUCGCUCAUUCUCUACCAAGCUUACAAAACUCAGAGUAAGCGGAGUGAGAGCACCGACACUGCACACUCCAGCACGAGUUGGAAUGAGGUUGCUGACGGCGGACAGAGGCAAGAACUACUGGAUCGUAUCACUGCUGUGCUCUUGGUCUUCCAUCUUGGGACUUCAUCCCAUUCUGCGGACAUUCUGGCAUUGCUUCUCUUGCCUUUUCACUGUGAUUUAAACCGACAACAUUGACACACAGAUGGGGACCGUUUCUUUAAAUGCCUGUGAGAUAAAAAAUAAGUAAGGGAACAUUCCCUCGCCGCAGCGACACGGGAACGAGAAGGAACCAGAGGAGUGUCCCUCAACACUGAGGGAAAUGUUCCAGUUCGGAAAGUACCCUAUGGACCUUUUAGAAAUGCUUAGUGGGCACCAGGCUCAUCAGUUCAAAGGCCUAGGGUUUGAACGACAGCUGCAGCAUCAACAGCAACUUCAACACCAGCAACAGCUUCAGCAGCAGCAACAGCAAAGCGAGGCUUCUGGAGCCCUCCUCUCCGGGCUCAGCUUAGGUUCCCUUCAAGGAUCUAGAAGCAAUGCGUUUUCAGAUUCCUCGUCGAUUUUUGCCAAAAUGAGCGCGCCGCCUCCGCCCAUCCCUCAGCAGACGCAGUCUUCUUCCUCGCAAAGCUCUCGCAAAUCUAGCAAAAUGAGCAGCACCGGCAGUUCGGCUUCCGGGUACCCGCAGUUUUUGCGCCCUUUCCAUCCCGCGGAGGCCGCACUUGCGCAGGAGCCACUCCACCCUGGGAUGGGGCGGUUUGAUUUUGCCGGAGGCAGUAGCUCUAGUGGUUCUGGAGUGAUUGGAGGAGUUGUGACGUCUGCCCCACCGCCACCACCGCCGCCCCUGCACCCUGGUCUCUCUGUGCCUCAGCCAUCACCAGGCCCAUCUUCUUCAUCGCCUUCUCCAUCCAGUUCAACCACCACCUCUAAUAACCCCGCUACCAGCAGCAGUACCGUAGCUGGACUGGUUGGGGCUCAGUCUGAGGCACGUAGCCUACACCAGCAGUUCAGUUGCAUGCUUGCAGCCAAUCAGUACUUCCUCUCUGGAAUGCCUCCCAAUGCUAGUCUCGAGCAGUUCCUAGUUCAGCAAGGUCCUCAUAAUCAUCUCAGUCUCACAGACUCGAACACAGGUCUAGCUCCUCCCCCAGCACUUCACCCCUCUCACACACAUGGCCACCCCACCCCUCAGCCUCAGCAGCAACAGCAGCAGCUAGCACCACAUGCAUUGUCUCACCCUCACAGCCAUGCCCAUCCACAUCACCCUCUUCACACUGCCCCUCAACCGUCGCCACUUAGCGGAUUCGACUUUCAAGGCAUCCCUGUCCUUUCCUCCAAUCAGCUAGCUUCCCUAAUGCAACAGGAAACUGGUCUUCCUCUCCCAAUUCCACUCCAUCUCUCCACCCCGAAGGAUGAUGGGAAAGGGGACGGCUCAUCUGUAGCUGGAGGAAGCGGAGGUAGCGGCAGCAGAAGAAAGAAAGCAAUGGCCGGAUACCUGCCCCAGAGAAAAUCCGAUGGCAGUAGUGGUAACAGUAGCAGUACUAACUGCCAUAGCAACUCUGGGGCACAUGGGCAUGAUGGGUCUUCUGGCCUUGUCGGAGGAGGUACAGGGGUUGGCAUGAGAGGUCUCGGUAGUGACCCGUCUUCGAUCCUUUCCCCUUCAACACCUUCCUCCUCCUCUUCUUCAACUGUCUCUUCCUCUGCCCCCUCCUCGAAUUCUGCCUCCGUCUUGGUAACGAACGUCUCACAGAUACCCAAAUCCGAUAAUCAAUCCUCCAUGACGCCCACUGUUACUUCGCCCGAGUCUUAUAACUGUGGGGAGUGCGGCAAAUCAUUUACACACCUCCCUAGUCUCCGUAGACACAUACGUACCCACGGAGAUGGCAGUAACGGCCCCAAUAACAGCGUUAACACGACCCCGAAUACAGUCCAUCAACAUCAGUCUGAUGCAAGUCUCCCUCACUCGACACAAGACGGCAUAUCUCAGCAAAAUGCCCACCAUCAGCACGAACUAAAUCAGUCCAAUCCAGACCCUUCCUCUUCAUGCCCAAGUCCUGAUAAGACGUACUGUUGCAGCGAAUGCGGGAAAGGUUUCAAAAAACGAGGCCAUCUCCUUCAGCAUGGCGUUAUACACUCUGGUGCACGACCGUAUGCCUGUUCUACUUGUGAGAGAUCUUUUAACCGGCGCGAAUCUCUAACCCGACAUGAGAAAAUUCAUGAGGAUAAACCCUACCGCUGUCCGGCUUGCGAUCGCUGCUUUAGAGAUAGCACGGGUUUGCUUAACCAUGCCGCGUCCGGUUCGUGCGGCAAACCGGGUAGGGGCUCGAGUUCAAGAAGCAGCGAUGGCUGCUCUGUGAGUUCUGACGACAAGGUGGAGAGUAGCGAAUACCAAGGUGGACAGAUGGGAGACGAAAAGGAACUGGGCUACCCAAAAACUGAGGGAGGCGCGACGGAGAUGUCAUGCGACGGCCUCUAUCCCCAGGGGAGAGCAGGGAAUUCAAAUCCUGCUGACAAGCCGGAAGCGAAAUACAAUUCGCCGUAUUCGAGAGAUCCCUACCAAACGUCCUAUAGGGUUGAUGAUUAUCGUCGACCACCGAGUACCCUGACCUCAUACUCUGGAGACGGCUCGUGUACCAACAGCUUGUCAGGCCCCGCUCUUAGAAAAGCCCCUCUGGCGCCGACACUUCACCCACAUCCUCCAAAUCAGCAACAGCAUCACCAUCAUCAACAGCAGCCACAUCUUCCUCUUUCUUCUCUUCUCGAUGAUUCAGAAGACGAAGUUACCAGCAGUGCCAUGUCCGCCAUAGCUGCAGCUGCCGCUGCCUCUGUGUUACCCGAAAUAAACAGCAACGGCGGAAGAGAGGAACGACGAGAUAUAAUCGGUGGUUUAUUGGGAGGCCUUGGCUUUGGGUCACUCGGAGGCCCGUCUUCUACAUCUGCAGGAAACGGAGGAAAUGACGAGUGUUUGAACGGAUCUAUGAUGCCUCUUUCUCAUCCUGCUCAACAGCAGCCUAAUUCGCAAAACGCCACGCCUAAUGCCAAACCGAAGCGGCCAAGAAAGCCCAGACAAAAGAGGGAGCCUAGGCCAGGUGGUAUCCCUGGAGAGGGUGUAAAGCGUAGACGAAAUAGUCAGAACGGCGCUCGCGGGGACGGAGCAGAAAGGCCAUAUUUAUGCACUGUUUGUGGGCGUGGCUUCGGCAGACGCGAGACCCUCCGCCGGCACGAGCGCGUCCAUACGGGAGAAAAGCCAUUCCAUUGCGAUGUUUGUGGCAAAGAUUUCCGUGAGCCUUUCCAUCUUACUAAACAUCAGACUGUUCAUUCAGGGGAGAAGAACUUCAAAUGCUCUCUCUGUGGAAAAGAUUUCGGCUAUGCGCAAAGUCUGAAAAGACAUGAAAAGCUGCACCUCCGAGGCGAUUUCAAGCCGAGACGGAGCAAAACCAAGUCGUCUACAAAUCAAGGAGGAGCGGUUCAUCAAGACGCAAGUCAAGCGGCCCCUGGAUCGUAUUACUCUUAUUCUCAAAACAAAGCUCAAGGAUCCAGCGCUAGCACAUCCAACCAGCCGCCUCCUAAGCUUUAUACGUGUGAAAUCUGCUGGAAGUCAUUCCGCCACCACUUCCAUUUGACCGCCCAUCACCAAGCCAUUCACGAGCAUGGCGGGGAGAAACUUUUUUCUUGCGAGGUGUGCGGAAAAGCCUUCGCUUACUCAAACAGUCUGACGAGGCACCGCUUGUCUCAGCACGGUUUAGCACGCGCCGGACCGCCCACCCAGCCAACAGGAAGCGGAUCCGGCGGAGGAAACGGGUCGUCUUUAACAGAAAGCGAGGCUGCCACUAACGUCCUUCUCAGUCUGGCUCCAGAAACCGGAAGUCACAAUGUUCAGCAAACACAUUCAACCAUCGCCCACACGCAGCAUCUUCACUCUCAGUCUGCUGGAUAUUCCCCGCUCUUCUACACACCGGAGUCAGGGCUUCAUAAUUCAAAUCGUAGUGCCCCAUCACACCCUCAGCACCCUCACUACUCGCACUCCAGUUUAGGGCCCCUUUCCCAUCAGCAACCCGUAAGCGGGAAGGGACAACAGAUUUAUCAAGGGAUUACAGGCAACCCCAUUCAUUCUGCUCCCUCUCACGUUCACAUUUCAUCUUCUCCGCUCCCCAUUUCUCCAUACCACCAGCAACAACAGCAGCAGCAGCAGCAACAGCAGCAGCACCCGUUUCAAAUGCAGCCCCAACAUCUGCAUCAUCAGCUUCUACAGGCGCACGGAGACGUCGGUCUGAAAAAGAGAAAAAAAAAGAAGAAAAAACCCCGAUUCGGGAGCGGCGGAUUCGAUGAAUUUGAGAACGCGAGAUGGCUCAGAUUUUUGCAGAGAAAAAAAAACAAGCUUCAGCAGCAACUUAGACGGAGACGAUGGAUAGCCCAGUUAAGAUGGGCGAAGUAUACUGGAGGAAUUGGGAUUCAUUUAGGGCUCGGGACGUGGCGUGCGGGCAGGCUGAAAGUGCGUGGUUUGAGGUCGUUGAUGGUUCCUUCAAGGUUCUUCACCUGCCCCAUUUGUCCUUUCACCACCUUUACACGACGCCUAACCCAUUCAGUCCACCGUGUGAUAAGGCACCCGCCGAGGAAACACGGCUGUCGGGCUCGCCUGCGCUGUAUAGUCUGCGGAAAACGUUCUCGAAGGCUCCUCUCAGCUCUCCGCCAUCGGGCUCGGCACCUUUCCCAAGGAUCUUUUUCUUGCCCCCAGUGCCCCUCACGGUUCUGGAAUGCGGCCCUGCUCCAGAGGCAUAAAUUUGCUUGUAGGCGAGUUGGCGGAGGACGGAAAACACCAAAGGGGACUUAUUCUCAGAAAGGAGAGUAUUAUCUGGAAAAAUCGGGUGGCAUCGCAGAGUACAGGCACUAAAGUAUUUUUUCAAGCGGAAAGAAAAUAGAAAAUUAUGACCGUCAAAACUGAUGAGUUUUAAAAAUCCUAGAGACCCCCCCCCCAAACACACACAACACACCUAAAUAAUGCACAGUGGAAGUUCUGACUUUGUUGAAAAUCCACUACAUAUUAACAGCCCCACACACACAAACACACACAUUAUUAUAGAUGGUCUCUGGUUUUAGCCAAGGGAGUGCCUCUUAUAACAACAUGAACAUUUAAGCCUGUAUCUAAACAAGUAAAAGACAGAAUACAUCCAUCAAGGACAUGGAUCUGAAACAUGGUUUCUCCAAAGGGGAAGAAUAUUUUAGAUUAUGGGACUAUUUGGUAGCACCUUUGUUGUUAUAGUAGCAUCUCUAUCCUCUUAAAAAAAAGAAAAGAAAAAAAAGAAACCCACAUUCAUUCUGUAUUUUCGUACAUUUUUUUUCUCUUUUUGUGCUGCAAACAUGAAUGCAAACCAGUAAGAAUGACCUAAUCUCAACAGUAAUUUUUAUAAUGUUUUCCCCGUUCCCCCCUCUCUAAAUGACUUUCACCUUAUUACAUUAAAAAUUACGGCAGUAUAGUCUUUUUAUUUUAUUAUUAUUAUUAUUAUUAUUUUAAAAAUAUAUGUACCCUUUUCUGUUUUUUUUUUUUUUUUUUUGGUGGCCUAUGCCCUAGCCGCCCCCCCUCCCUUGUGUUUAUUAUAGAAAUGUGUGUCCUGGGACUAAUGUUGCUGGUUUGAAAGGUUGUUGAACAUAAUUGUCUAUUGUUUUUAAAAGGACAAAUCUACUAAGACACUUACGUUUUCAAACUUUAACAUUUGAAAACUAAUACUCAUUCUUGCUUCGAAAAAGAAAAGAAAAAAAACAAACACAAAAUGUAAGUCAUUUGAAAUAUCGUUGCAUAACUGAUGGGGUGGGGGGGCACCGUAGCUUAAUAGAUGCCAUGUUCCAUAAGUUUAAUGUCACCUGUUUUUUAAGAAAUAUGUAAUUUUGUAGGUAUUUCUAUGACAAGUGUUAUAUCUUCGGUUGUGAUGACGGAUCGGCGCGAGUAGGAGCAGAGAGACCAGUCCGUAACUGUAAAAUGCGUAUUAUAUUUUAUGUAUCAAUUUAUUUUUUUUGCUUUUUUUUUUUUUUUUUUUUUCCAAGAGUGCAAGUUUUUUAAUCAUUUGUACUAUUUGUGGUUGGGCGUGUAUGUACGUUUUAAGAUGAGGGGAAUAUAUAUGUAUCAAUGUGAUUUUAUUUUAUUUUUUCCUUUUUAACCCUUCACCCACCCCCCUCCUUUUUUCCCCCAAUUGUCUAAUCUAAACAAGUAUAGCACAGGUCCCCAACACUAUUGUAUACAUUUCAAUACUUUGCUUAGCUCCUCUGUCCCAGUGUAAUCUCAGUAAACUAAAACAUGAUGUAUAAAUACUAAA